CUAUUGCUCUGGCCUUCUAGUGAUAUUGGAAAGAUCAUGGAUGAAGUUCAAGAUAUGCUUCCUCAUUAUGGUCACUUGGACGUUGUAUGUGUGGCAACAUCUCUCAUUCCUGUACUGAACCAGUGUCGCCCAGGUUUGAAAAAAAGGAUCCUUCUUAUUACUGGAGGUCCUACAAAUCUGUAUCCAACAGCUGUGAACGAGAUCGCAGAGAAAUAUAGAGAGAAUUCAAUAGCUCUUGAUGUAGUCAACUUCUAUCCGGAGGAAAGGUGCAACUUUACGGUAGGUGGGUACCAUUUUGGGAGGAGCGCGCUUCAGGAUCUUGUUGCUGCUACCAAUGUUGAAGGCAACAGCCGCAUUGUACACGUCAUACCUGGAUCUCAUAUGGUUGCUGUCAAGGACUUGUUGAAACCAUCUUGCAAGGAGAAGCAUCAUGCCGCUGCGGAUGAUGAUUGUGCUGGACCGCUGGGAAUUGGAUAUGAUGGGCAUGUCACCUUAUUAAACAAAUUUGAACAACGUAUGGAGGAGACUCUAGCUCACUGAUGCACGUGUGCAGCUUGUUUGUUUUUGU